ACCAUAACGGCUAGGCUUACUAACUGGGUUAAUACAGAUGAUUACAUCAUAAACAUUGCGCGUGCAGACACCAGGCACUAGAACGCAUGCAGUGACCGGUUGCGCAAUUGAGAGUGAGAAACUGGGUUAGAAUAAACGGAGGAGCUGAAGAAGGAAGGGAUGAACAAUGGUUUACCUCGUCUGUAGACACUAUCAGCCUCAAACUAAUGUAGACACGCACAGAGGGGAGGAAAGAAAGGGGUGAAGGAGGAAGACAGAGGGAGGAGAGAAUGGCACAGUCACAUAGAGACAGUGGUGAACAAUCGGUGGACGAAGCCUAGCUAAAGAAACAGAAGGAUAGGACAGGAGGUCGGAUAAAAGGGAUAAACUAUGUUCUUUUUUAUUUAAAGAUGGGGAGUGAAAGAGGGAGUGUUCGCCCUCGGCGUCAUAACGCAUCCAUAGAUUAGCCCAAACCAAACGCUCCACCGCCCGUCCAUGGCGUAAAGACUGGGGUACAUAAAUAUAUCUGAAAUAAUUAAAUAAUUCGCUGUGGCGAGAAGAGCGUCAGCCGCAGUGUGUCUCUCCUUGCACCACGUAAGCGCAGCCGAAACCGAGACGAGGACAGGGAGGACGGAGAGAGAGAACAAGCCAUCCCUUUCCUAGCCGAACCAAGGAGAGAGGAAACGCGACAGGCAGACAACAAUGGGAACAUAGGUCUAUAUAUACCUAAACCAUCUGUGAGCAACCAGCACAGCGGAGGUUUUUGUGGUGUUUUUAGCGGUUAGCUAUAAAGGAGACCGGGGAUUCGGUGUUGCAGCGGCCGCGCUGAAGAACCGCACAUGUCAACACGUUCAAGCUCCACAUCUCCAUCCCCGCCCUGCGCGGAUCGCAGAUCCGUCUAACGGCAACGCCAGGCAGGUUACCGAAUAACGGAACCGUUAACGGAACCGGAGAACAGUGAUGAGAAGGACUCGGAUCAAUGGUUUUAUGAUAUGAGCCUUUAUAAACGAAUCAAUUAAUGAAUUACUUAUCAUCGAUGAGAAAGGACCAAUCAAACAACUGAUUUUAUGGAUUAAUGUUGACAUUUUCAGAAUGAUCCCUAUAACCUGCUUUAUCGGUGUGAUGUGCUUUAUCUAAGGAUCUAUAGGCUAUGGGCUCUAUUCAUGACAGAAAUAUAUACAUAAAUACCACAUUUAGGCUGAUGACUUAGUAGUAGUCUUAACAACCCAUGCGUUUCUUCCUAUCUCUAUCGAUAGAUACAUGGACAAUUAGGCCUACCCGUUAGAUCUAUGCGUUUGUCUUUGCAUAAAAAUAUGUUUCGGUUAAUUUAAAAACGAGUGAAGCAACCGUUUUUUCCUCCCUCUGCUGUAUUGAGACGUUAGGCAGCAGGCAGGCAGGCAGUCACAAGCAACACACACACCAUCCGUCCCUCUGUGGACUGCACCUCUCCAUCUAUAUCCCUUCCUCCCCCCUCUAUCCCCCCUCCUCUAAUCCUCCCCAUCCCUCUGUUCCAUUCCCAGAUUAUCAUUUUUUAUUAAUUUGUUAACGUAUUAGCUCUUUUAAGGAUUAAAAACUGUUCACCCUAUCUCAAUCCUAUACGCCUCUCCUUCACUAGCAUCUCAUCGGCGCAUCCAGACACAGACACACAAACGUGACAUACACACCGGACAGCUCGCCAAUACAACACAGCAGCGAUGGAGACAACUAAACUGCCCCCGACCAGCCCGUCCUCUCCGACCACCGGGUUCUCGGUACCGUCAGCGGAGAAGGUGGAUGGGUUUCCCCGGCGCUCGAUGCGUAGAGCCCGGCAGAGGCGCUCCCACUCCUCGUCCCAGUUCCGCUAUCAGAGCUCCCAGGUCGAGCUAACGCCACUGCCGCUGCUCAAAGAUGCCCCUGUGGCAGAGCUCCAUGACCUGUUCUGUAAGAAGCUGCAGCAGUGCUGCGUCCUCUUUGACUUCCUGGACUGUGUGGCUGACCUGAAGGGGAAAGAGAUCAAACGAGCUGCGCUCAACGAACUGGUGGAGUCUGUUGCUACAAGCAGAGGAGUUCUGAUAGAGCCACUCUACCCAGAGGCUAUUAAAAUGAUCUCAGUGAAUAUCUUCAGGACAUUACCUCCCAGUGAGAACCCAGAGUUUGACCCGGAGGAGGAUGAACCCACUCUAGAGGCCUCCUGGCCACACCUGCAGCUGGUGUAUGAAUUCUUUCUGCGUUUCCUGGAGAGCCCAGACUUCCAGCCCUCCAUGGCCAAACGCUACGUUGACCAGAAGUUUGUUCUUCAGCUGUUGGAAUUGUUUGACAGUGAGGAUCCGAGGGAGAGAGAGUACCUAAAGACCAUCCUGCAUCGUGUCUACGGCAAACUGCUCGGCCUGCGGGCAUACAUACGCAAACAGAUCAACAAUAUCUUCCUCAGGUUUAUCUAUGAGACCGAGCACUUCAACGGUGUGGCAGAGCUACUGGAGAUCCUGGGCAGCAUUAUAAACGGGUUUGCUCUGCCCUUGAAGUCGGAACACAAGCAGUUCCUGGUUCGAGUCCUGAUACCUCUACACACAGCCAAGUCUCUGUCCAUUUUCCAUGCACAGCUGGCGUACUGUGUGGUCCAGUUUAUGGAGAAAGAUUCUACUGUCACAGAAUACAUCAUACGAGGGCUCCUCAAAUACUGGCCCAAAACCUGCACCCAGAAAGAGGUGAUGUUCCUAGGGGAGAUAGAGGAGAUACUGGAUGUGAUCGAGCCAUCUCAGUUUAUCCGUGUUCAGGAGCCUCUCUUCAAACAGAUUGCUGCCUGCAUCUCCAGCCCACACUUCCAGGUAGCAGAGAGGGCCUUGUACUUCUGGAACAACGAGUACAUCCUGUCUCUGAUAGAGGAGAACUGUCAGGUGAUUCUACCGCUGGUCUUCGCCACACUCUACAGAGUGUCCAAGGAGCACUGGAACCAGACUAUAGUCUCUCUGAUCUACAACGUUCUGAAGACCUUUAUGGAGAUGAACAGCAAGCUGUUUGAUGACCUCACUGCCUCUUACAAAGUGGAAAAACAGAAGGAGUUGAAGAGGGAGUGUGAGCGUGCAGAGCUGUGGCGGGGGCUGGAUGAGCAGCAGGAGAGGAGACUGCAGAUCCUGGGGGAGGCCAGUCGCAAUCAGAAGAACCUCCAGGAGAGAGGGGAGCCUCCUCAGCCCACCUCCACACUGACGGCAUUCCCUGAGCAGCCAAACCUCGAGCUCAGCGGAGCCUCUUCUAAUACCUAGAACCAGACAGCGGAGGAUCAGUACCAGGAUACAUAGAGUACUUAGAGGACAUACAGAGACAGUAUGCACAUAGCCAAACACACACAUGUACACACAAAGGAGCAGACGCACACGCUCAAACACACACACACACACACACACACACACACACUGACAACGUACACAUAAACACAUACAGAGUCGCACACAGGCAUAUACUGUUUACACACACACACACACUCAUGCAGAAUGUAAACAAAAGUUGAAUCAACUCAAACACAUAGACUACAUUGAAGUGCAAACACAGCCCUCUACAUACUCACUGGAAGACUACCCACACAAACUGCCCAUCUUGAACAAGACAUAUUUCUCUCUCUCUCUCACACUCACUCACACACACACACACACACACACACACACACACACACACACACACACACACACACACACACACACACACACACACACACACACACACACACACACACACACACACACACACACACUCACUCACACAGGUACUGGUUCUAGCUGUCUAGGUUUUGACGUGGAACCGUUUUCCCGGUUCUCCGACAAAGGACUUUAUACCGUCCCAAAAGAUACAGAGGAAUGAUGACGUGAAUGCUACAUAAUAUUGUUGCUUCUUCUUCUAUUCUUCUCUACUGUACUACUACUACUACUACUACUGAUGUUUUUAUAUAUAUAUAUAUAUAUAUAUAUAUAUGUCUGAAUAUUAUGAUUAUUAUAGUGUUGGUGGGAGAAUCUUUAGUGUAGAACUCCUAAAACUUUAGCAUAACUUGAGCAUGGUCCAAAUCACACCCUAUUCGCUACAGAGCGAGUGCACUAUUGGCCAAAUGUAGUACACUAUAUGGGGCCUAAUCCCCAUAUUGUAGUGCAAUACUACUGACCAAACGCAGUGCACUAUAAUGGGGAAAGGGGUCACUUCCCAAAUGGCACCCUAUUCCCUACAUAGUGCACUACUUUUGACAAGCGCCCUAUGGACCCUGGUCAAAAGUAGUGCACUAUUUAGGGAACAGGGUGCCAUUUGGGACGUACCAAGUGUAUGAUUUUGGGUGACCCCUAAUCUCCUAAACUAAAACAAUGUUCUGAUAUGUUAUUAUUCUUGUCCAUUCAUAAUUGGGCAUAGAGAGAAGGAAGAGAGUCAGAAAACCAAGUUUUUCUAGUAAUAUUCUAAUUUGUUUUGGAUAAUGUUUGUAUUGGGCGUGUCCUAAAUGGCACCAUUUUCCCUAUGAAGUGCACUACUUAGCACUACUUACUACAGUAGUACACUAUAUAGGGAAUAGGGUGCCAUUUGGGAUGUGAGCUCAGUCUACCAUCUGUGGGAUCAGUCUACUAGUCCUUGAUAUCACACUGUCUUACUGUUCUUCUGUGCAUCUUAUCUUCAUUCGUUUGAUGAAAUUAUUUUGAAUUUGUUUUAAUAUUUUUAUGUUUUUGUGUGUUCAUUUUGGCAAUAUCUGAUAUUUAUGAUAUUUUUUUAUUUGAUCUCUGGAAUUGUGACCUUAUUGCAGGAAGUUGGCAAAGAUGAGACGUGUUUGUGUGUGUGUGUGUGUGUGUGAGAGAGAGAUGGAGAGGUCAUGGAAGUGUAUGCGUGUAUGCGUGUGUGUUCAUGUGUGUAAGAUGCAGAGGUGAUGGAAGUGUUUGUGUGAGAGAAUUCAGUAUGAGUGUAACAGUGACAGGAGAUGUGUAGGGACAGAGUGAUAGAGGGAGAGAGGUGGCAUCGAUCCCUCUUUCUCUCUUCUCUCCCAUUCUCUCCUUUCGUAGGAACAGGAUUUGAAUCAGAAUGUAACACUUUUGAUUGAUUGUGAAUCUGGAGGUUUUUCUUGCGUCUUGUUACCAAGACAACCAGACCAGCAGCCUUCAACACUCCUUUAACAGUUUUUAGUUUCAACAAAACAAAAAAGGACAUAAAGAAACAAACCUCACUAUCGUUAAAACACUUCCUGAAUUUUGCAAGUUACCCAUAAUUCCCCCAUUUGUCAGUCAGUCAGUUCGCUGGGAAAAUAAUCUUCCCUUCCACUAUUCUGUUCUAGAACAAGAAGAAUCCUUCCGGAAAUCGGGAAUGCUGGAAUUGGAACGCAAUUUAUCAACUGAAAGAAGAGGUUCCCGUCAGUAGAAUUAUAGAACAGCAAUAAUAAUGGAAUUGAAUAUGUACGCAUAAGUAGCAUUGCUAAACUACAAUUGCAGUGUCCUCCUGGUCUGGUUUGUAGGCUAUCCGUGCUCAGAAACAUAGAAACGAUUGAGGAUGACCAUGUAUUUUUUUUUCCGGGGACCAACAGCUGGGUAGAUGAAUGUACAGUCAAGUUAAACCGGGAUUGUAGAAAGGAAAAGAUGAUGUGUUAAAUUAACUUCACUUUGAGAAAACAA